GAUUUGAUUGUUCCCUUUAUCUCAUCUCUCUCUCACACACACAUAUGCCCAUUGGCAGGAGCUUCUGUGUGUGUAGACAUAAUAUUCUUACAGUGGUGAUGAUCGUUUUCAAAUUUGAAGCUUCCUUACCUUCUUCCAUUGUUUUCCCAGAAACUUAUCCUCACCAGGCAUCUUCUUGUAACCGAUUUCGUUCCAGGAGGAGAUUAAGAGUUUUUAGUUGCAGUAAUGACAAUUUUACAGAGUCGAAAGUCAAAAAAGCUAAAUUAUCUGCUCGGAAGCAAGAACGAGUCAAGAUUCCAAGCUACACGAUCACAGAUGGAGAAGGGGGGAAACUAUAUCCUAUUCAGGAAUUUCUAAGCCACCCGUCUGGUAUCGAAGCUCUCUUGAAUAAACAUGCCUUACAAAGCGUUGAACAACUCGACGCUACCACUUACAGGUGUACUCUACCACCAUUGAAUCUGCUAAACUUUGAAGUCUCCCCGGUGAUCGACUUACGAGUGACCCCAACAGAUAAAGAUUGCAGGGUAGAGAUGCUAUCUUGCAAGUUUGAGGGUUCUGAGAUCAUGGAACGACAGAAUGAACAUUUUUCAGCGGAAAUGUCGAAUUACAUAACUUGGUGCACAAAGACUUCUGAACCGUACCUGGAUGUUGAUGUGAACCUGGAUCUCACUCUUGAGAUAUACACUAGACCAUUUAAUAUGCUGCCAACAUCUGCAGUGGAAGCUCCAGGCAAUUUAAUGAUGCAAGCUUUAGUUGACAGACUUGUACCAUUGCUACUACAACAAUUGAUACAAGAUUAUACAAAAUGGGUCACACAGAAUCCUCCCAUCAUCCCACAAAACUCUUGAUACUGCUUGUAAGCUACACCUCAACAAAGAUAUGCUAAAUUGUAAUAAGAUGUGCUUGUGUGUGUAGUAAAAAAAGUAUUUCAGAGGCUUGAAAUUAGCCAAGAAAUGUAGUUAACAGGCUUGUUGAUGUGACACUAAUUUUGUAAGUGCCACAAACAAGAGAGUUAACAGAAUAAUGUUGGUGAGCUUACUGACCAUUCACAUACAGGCAUUAUGUGAAAGGCUAAUUAGCCACCAUAAUAAUAAUACUAAUAAUUAUAGAACAAACAAACAAUCAAGUUAUAGGGUUUUUUGGUAUGAGUAAACCAGGUGACAAGCAUAUGGAUAAACAGACCAACGGCUGCUAGGGUUUUGGUAUGAGGAAGAGGAAACCUGGUGGCUAGGGUUUUGGAGUUGUGAGACAAAUGGAGGAUCACCCGUUGCUUUAUAGGCCCAGCUUCAUAUGGGAUAUCUAUAGUAUUUAUUAAAAAAUGAAUUUAAAAUUUACUU